AUCUUUCAUUUGUGGCGCGUGCAGCCGACCUGAUGUCCUGGCCCCUCCCUCCCGCUCUUCCUCGCGCUCGUCCUCCUCUGUCUCUCCUCACAUCCACCUUCAUCCACCGCCCUCCUCUUCUGUCUUGUUUCCCGCGGCGGAGGUGGGAUGUUCCUGUGAGUUCCAGCUUUUUGUUUGUUUGUUUGUUUGUUUGUUGUUCUUUUGUCCAUCCACAUCUGGGACCGUCAAGGUGAAACAGGGCAGCAUGACUUUCUCCAUGGUGUUAUAACGCCGCUCCCGUCAAGAGUGCCUGAAUAAUACUCAUAAAAAGCCAACAGGAGCAGCGUCGCCUCCUCCCGUCCUCCACCUGCUGCCUCCGCCUGCGCCCCAUGACUGUUUCGAAGAUGACAUGGCGCCCUCAGUACCGCUGCUCCAAGUUUCGACACGUGUUUGGUAAACCUGCGACCAAAGAGAACUGCUUCGAUGGCGUGCCGAUCACGCGAAGCGUGCAGGACAACAACUUCUGCGCGGUCAACCCUCGUUUCCUGGCCGUCAUCACUGAAUGUGGCGGAGGGGGGGCCUUCUUAGUGUUCUCGCUGCAUCAUACGGGUAAAUUGGACCCUCAUCACCCUCGAGUAUCAGGUCACAGAGGCAACGUGUUGGACAUCAAAUGGAAUCCAUUCAACGACUACUGCAUUGCUUCAUGCUCUGAAGACACCUCGGUCAAAGUGUGGGAAAUCCCUCCUCAUGGCGUGAUGAAAAACCUGACGGUGCCGUGGAAGGACCUGCACGGUCACAGCCGCAGAGUCAGCCUUGUUGAGUGGCACCCCACAGCAAACAACAUCCUCUUCAGCACAGGCUACGACUACCAGGUCAUGAUUUGGAACCUGGACUCUCCAGAGCAAGUGAUAAAAAACCCAGUGCGGACCAUCAUGCACCACUCAGACGUGGUCCUGUCCAUGUCCUUCAACACAGACGGCAGCCUCCUCGCAACCACCUGCAAGGACAGGAAGGUCCGGCUAAUGGAGCCGCGCACGGGAAACCUGCUGCAGGAAGGCAACUGCAAGACGCACAAAGCGAGCAAGGUGUUGGUCCUGGGAAACAUGAAGAUGCUUGUCACAACCGGCACCUCCCGCUGGAAUGAGAGACAAAUCGCUCUUUGGGAUCAGGAUGAUCUGUCCGUGCCUUUGCUAGCAGAGAACCUGGACGGUUCCUCAGGUGUUCUCUUCCCUUAUUAUGACCCUGACACACACAUGCUUUACCUUGCUGGAAAGGGGGAUGGAAAUAUCCGAUAUUAUGAACUCAGCUCGGAGAAACCUUACAUCCACUACCUGGCUGAUUACCGCUCACUUCUACCUCAGAAAGGAAUGGCUGCGAUGCCAAAGAGAGGUCUGGACGUGAGCUCUUGUGAGGUGUUCCGGUUCUACAAACUAGUGACAAUCAAGAGCCUUAUUGAGCCGGUUUCUAUGAUAGUGCCUCGCAGGUCGGAAUCGUACCAAGAAGACAUCUAUCCGAUGACGGCAAGUAACAGGCCGGCUCUGACUGCAGACGAGUGGCUCAGUGGGGUCGACAAAGGUCCAGUUCUGAUGUCUCUAAAGCCUGGAAGCCAACUACCAGAGCCUCAUUCAGACAUGAAGGGGCUGGCUAACUCCACGGACACUCGCAGGUCUCAGAGUAGACCGGGCAUGCUGCCACUCGCCUAUAUUCAGGACCGACCUGAAACCAAAGACGCUAAAGAGGCCGCCGGACACGCGGAAGACGACAGGACUUCACUGACCAACGGGGAGGACCUUGCACUUUGCUCACCUCCUAAGACGGAAAACGAGCUGCGUCAGAAGUUCCACAAGCAGCAGGAGGAGAUCCGGCGGCUACGGGAGCUUCUCGGCCAGAGGGACGUGCGCAUCAAACAGCUGGAGUUAGAGAUCAAGAACAUCAAGAACUCCCAGUCGCACGGCUCCGCUUAAAGACUUACCUGACCUGCUGAGUCACCCACCCCUCCUCCUCCUCCUCCUCACGGGACACUUGCAUCACUGCUCAGCACCCCCUUUUUCCCAAUCCACCUUGUUUCUGGUGAAUUCCUCGUCUUAUAAAGAGCCCUACAUGCUUGCUGCACAAGGUUGAUUUUAGCCUCAAUUUUUAUGCUUUUUUUUCCAAUUCUAAAGACACAGACUUUGUUCACACUGCACCUUCUGACCUCUCACUUGUUUCGUUUGCUUCACACCUAUGCAAGUUUAUUGUCAUUUUCUAUGCUUGUAGCUGAUAUCAGGAUGAUUGAUGCCGUCGUGACUGAAUGAGUGUCCAUAAGCGCAAUUGUAGGGAACAGCUGUUGCUAUUUUUGAUUGUAACGUAACACUGAACAUAUUUUCUAUGCCGUUUUUUUUUUCAAUAUUUAAUCUACUGUAAGUGGAAAUGUUCAAGUCAUUGAUGUGUGGAUGAAUGUGAGCAAGGAUGAUGAAACCCAGAUGUGUUCCACUUUUUUAUUGUUAUUAAUAUUUCUGUUUUUAAGUAACUGGAAAUCUAUUUUACAACGUCAGCCAAAUCAGUAACGAAUGUCGCGUACAAGUCAGAAACCAAAUAUUUGUAUUUAUUUUGAAAUACAGUUAAAGGAAAUACGGAUUUAAUUAAGGAUAUUAAUUCAAAUGUGUUCUCUCUCUCUUUUUUUUUUUUUUGAAAAUAACAACAAAUGCUGAAACCCAAAAAAGUGGUGUUUUUCUUUUUUGAGAUUUUUUUAAAACAUAUUUUUACAUUUCCAAUCAGACGAAUACUACAUCUCUGGGGGGGUUGUUUCUGUUGUAAAAUUAUAUUUCUUUACACUUGAAAAUUUUCUUUGUACCUUUUUUAAGUGACAUAAUGGUGCUUGAAAUGUAAAAUUUAGAGAAUACAAUUUUAAAGUUAAAAAACAAGAUUUUCAUCUAUUUUGUUAAAACAAAACACGUUUUUAUUGGUGACUGCAGCAGGAGGCAAAGAAGCAUCCAGGUGCUGCCAAUCAAAACUGAUGAAUUGAUCAUCAACAGGUGUGAAUGGAGGUUUUUCCCUGAACAUCACGUAUGUAGUACGAUGACAACAAAUGUAGUUUUAGAGAAUCUAUCCUUUCUAUUCCCCAUAUUG